AUGGCGGACGAGCUCGAGUACUUGCAGCCGGACUUCGACUUGAACUCACUUACCGUUCCACGUCUACGCUCAAUCCUCGUCAAUCACGAUGUGCCGUACCCGGCCUCCGCGAAGAAAUCCCAGCUGAUCCAAAUCUUGGAAGAUGAGGUACUGCCGCAGGCAAGGAAGCUGCUGCGGGAUCGUGAAAGAGUACGAAGGACAAGUGCGGGUAUUACAGACAUGGGCAGCCGAGCGUCAUCUGUUGCCAGUGAUCAGUACGAUCGCGACUCUAUGCCUCCGCCACCAACGCCAUCCACAGUUGCAUCGACCACAGGAACCAGACGAGGCACAUCGCGACGAAGUGCCCGUGCAUCGACUACAGAACAAGACGAAAACUUCGCUCCGUCUACUCCUGUGCCUGCAUCAAAGCGAAAAAGCGCAGCCCGUUCCGUAGGCAAGCACCCCCGGGCUUCGGAUACAGAGACCGGCGAUGACUUGAUGGCGACCCCAACCGUGGCAGUCGGUGCUUCACCUCGGAAAUCUACGACAAGGAAGCUUCGGCGCAGCUCCGUUCUUCCCUCGACGGAGUCCGACGAAUUCACCCCAUCCGUCAAGGCUGAGCCUAGGGAUGAAAGUGUCUUCACUGAUGAUAAUCCUUUCCAGAGUGGAAGUCCCUCUGAGAUCCAGCGAAGCAGACCCGUAAGCCAUGAUGGUAAAAGAAAGAGCGGUUCACGCUUUUCGACUGAGAGCCCGAUGAAGAGUGGCUUGCGGUCACGGAAAUCAGCAACCCCGGCCAGCUUGAAACAAGAAGAUGGAAUCAAGGCUCCUGCCAGAGAUUCCUUUGACUUUGCUCCUCGACUGAGGCCCACAAAGGAGGAACCAGAGGAGUCUGAAGAAGAGUCCGAAGAUGAAAGUGAACUCGGUGCCGGGGAGGAAUUCACACCGGAGGAACAACUCGCUCUUGAAACCGAACAGUAUGCGCCAGGUCCCCAGACUCGCAAACGGUCUCGGAAGCAAGGAUCUACUAGUGUGGUAGCUUCCUGGCUAGUGAUACUUCUAGUUCUUGGGGGCUUCGGUGCCUGGUGGCGCAAGGAAAAGAUUGAGAUUGGGUACUGUGGUCUCGGAAAGCCCACCUGGUCGUUAGCUGAGACCAAUGUACCGGAAUGGGCUAAUGUUUUGGAGCCGGGCUGCGAGCCGUGCCCGCCACAUGCAUUCUGCUACCCGGAUUUCGAGGCACGCUGCGAACAUGACUUUAUUCUCAAGCCCCAUCCUCUCUCUUUGAAUGGCUUGGUACCUCUACCCCCAACAUGUGAGCCUGAUAGUGAAAAAGCACGCCGUGUCAAGGCUGUUGCCGACAAAGCCGUGGAAGAACUACGGGAACGCAGAGCCAAGUGGGAAUGUGGCCAGUUGCAAGAUGAAGGCAAAGAUCCAUCCCCUGAAAUCAGUGAGCCAGAGCUGAAAGAGGAAGUCGCAAAGAAGCGUCGCAAGGGUCUCAGCGACUCCGAAUUCGAUGACCUGUGGAAAGGUGCCAUUGGUGAGAUCAUUGAGAAAGACGAAGUUGUAAGCAAGACAAAGCAACCUUCCGCCGUCCUCGUCCUCACAUCAACAUCCACUUCACGACUCCCCUUCACAUGCGCCGCCCGCCGCUACGUUCGACUCGCUCUCCUCGCGUAUCGACUCCCUCUUUCACUUCUAGUUCUUGGCGUUGCUUCUCUUGCUUAUGCUCGGGCUCGUGUUCGAGCCCGACGCUCGGACAUUGCCCGUGUGCCCGAGCUAGUUGCUACGACCCUCGAUCGUCUUGCCACGCAAGCUGCACUGCAUGCCCGUGGUGGUGCGAUGGAACCUUAUGUCCCAAUUGGGCAGCUCCGCGACGAUGUUCUCCGCUUUGAAUUGCAUGGAAAGCGGCGCGAAGAAUUGUGGAGCCGAGUGCGUCGCGUCGUUGAGGGAAAUGCUAAUGUCCGUGCUGCCAUUCGUGAAGGCCGCAGCGGUGAUGUCGCUCGAAGUUGGGAAUGGAUUGGCGGCAUUGGCAGUGUCGGCACCAGCAACGGUAGUCUGGGCAAACUAGACGAUAGCACUCGCCGUGAUAGUGGUAGGCUGUCCUUGUCUUCCCCCUUGAGCAAUGCCGAGACCGAUCGCCACAUUGUUGAUAACUCCGAGGAUGUAUCCACUUCCAGCCCCAGACAGUCCCGCCGCUGGGACGAGGGCCGUCCAAUCUACUAG